AUAUAGUGCCGCUCCAUUAAAUCCUCGCUCUUGCGACGCCACUUGAUUACUCAUCACCCUGCUUUUUGCGGAAAGAAGCUCAACUUUUCUUCCUCUACUCCUUGAACGGCUGUCUUCUCAAAAAGAAAGCUUCCCUUCUCUGUACAUCUCUCCAUUGAGAGGCUAAGGAGUCUCACCCCGAAGCCUAAAAAGCUCAUAGAUUCCAACUUUGUAACCCUAAUCUCAUCGCCUUUUUCACAUCCAUACUUUAAAAUUCACUUAGGCAUGGCGCUUGUUUCUCAGGCAGGCCCAUCAUGUUGUGUUCCCACUGAGCUAACACGCUGUAAAACUGGUCAAAAUGCGGUUUUUGGUGUGACUAUUAGCAUGGAGGCAUCUAAACUGAAGGAAACAUGUGUUAGAUUCGCGUCAUUGUCAUGUAACUUUAUCAAGACGUCUUGGGUUCCAAGAGAGUGGGUAAAAAUGAGAAGAGGGGAUCAAAUGGUUGUUGCUGCAAGCCCUCCUACAGAGGAUACAGUGAUUGCUGCAGAACCGCUAACAAAAGAGGAUCUUGUAGGAUAUCUUGCCUCUGGAUGCAAGCCUAAGGAAAAAUGGAGAAUAGGUACAGAACACGAGAAGUUUGGAUUUGAACUUCAAACUUUACGCCCUAUGAAAUAUGAACAAAUAGCAGACUUGCUUAAUGGUAUUGCUGAGAGAUUUGAUUGGGAGAAAAUAAUGGAAGGUGAAAAUAUUAUAGGACUCAAACAGGGAAAGCAGAGCAUAUCACUAGAGCCAGGUGGUCAGUUUGAGCUUAGUGGUGCACCACUUGAAACUUUGCAUCAAACUUGUGCAGAAGUUAAUUCACACCUUUAUCAGGUGAAAGCUGUUGCAGAGGAAAUGGGAAUUGGAUUCUUAGGAAUUGGCUUCCAGCCCAAAUGGGGACUUAAAGACAUACCCGUUAUGCCCAAGGGAAGAUAUGAGAUCAUGAGGAAUUACAUGCCUAAAGUUGGCUCAUUAGGACUUGAUAUGAUGUUUAGGACAUGCACUGUCCAGGUUAAUCUGGAUUUCAGUUCUGAGGAUGACAUGAUAAGGAAAUUUCACGCUGGUCUUGCUUUGCAGCCGAUAGCAACAGCUCUAUUUGCAAAUUCACCUUUCACUGAAGGAAAGCCAAAUGGUUAUCUGAGCAUGAGAAGCCAAAUUUGGACAGAUACUGAUAAGAAUCGCACCGGCAUGCUGCCAUUUGUUUUUGAUGACUCAUUUGGGUUUGAGCAGUAUGUUGAUUAUGCCCUUGAUGUUCCAAUGUAUUUUGUUUAUCGGAAGAAGAAGUAUAUUGACUGCACUGGAAUGUCAUUCAGGGAGUUUAUGGCUGGAAAACUUCCUUGCAUUCCUGGUGAAUUGCCAACCCUUGAUGAUUGGGAGAAUCACUUAACAACAAUUUUUCCUGAGGUCAGAUUGAAGCGAUACUUGGAAAUGAGGGGUGCUGAUGGAGGGCCUUGGAGGAGAUUGUGUGCAUUGCCAGCAUUUUGGGUAGGAUUGUUGUAUGAUGAAAUCUCACUUCAAAAUGUUCUGGAUAUGAUAGCUGAUUGGACUCCUGAAGAAAGACAAAUGCUUAGGAAUAAGGUUCCAAAGACUGGUCUAAAGACACCAUUUCGGGAUGGAUUACUGAAGCAUGUUGCUGUAGAUGUUCUAAAGUUCGCUAAGGAUGGCUUAGAAAGGAGAGGCUUCAAGGAAAUUGGGUUCUUGAAUGAAGUGGCUGAGGUGGUUAGAACAGGUGUGACACCAGCAGAGAAGCUUUUGGAACUGUAUGAUGGAAAGUGGGGGCAAUCCGUGGAUCCUGUUUUUGAGGAACUACUGUACUAAGAUGAAUUAGAUUCUAGAGGCACUUUAGUAGUGACCUUUUUCUGCAUUGAAUUUUUGGAUGUAAAAUUGCUUGUUACUGUUUUCAACUCCUUUUCCCAUCUUUUGAUUAGUGAUAGAUGAUUUCACAGGAAUAAAUUAUCAUGUAAUUCAAAUCCUUGGCAUGAGGAUCCUUCUGUAACUCCCAUUGAAUUUGAUCAUAUGAAACUUUGUUCUACUCAUUUUCAAAA